CUUUUAUUUUGAAAAAUGUGUGUGUCAGCACCAAAUGUCUUUGGUGCUGACACGGUGCCUGUAACUUUACUUUAAGAGUCUCCACUUUCUUUUAUCAUUAGGCUACACUGUGUUAUAUCUAAUGAACAGUACAGGUUGGGAUACAAACAGGCACAGUCCAAAUGGUCCAAACCAGUAUUGUUGUCUGCUUUGUAUAACUCCGUUUUGUGACCGGAAACAGCGCUGUUUCCGGUUAUAGACGCGCCAAAACGAAAACAAGAGGCUGACUAAAGUUUGUGUAUACAUAACGUAUAUUUCUGUUAGAACCAGUAUUCGCUGAGUGAGAAAUGACUGAGUGGACUAUUGACGUGAACACAACGGUAACACAACGGUAACAUAACUUACUGGACUGUUUCACCACUGAACCUUAGCUAAUGGUUUUCUCCAGUUGUAGGAUAACAGGAGGACCAAAGUUCAAGCAUCCACUCUGCUGAAGUGUCCUUGGGCAAGUCAGUGAAUUUCUACCAGCUGCAGGGUGCUGCACUGUAGCUGACCUCUGACCUUGAUUUGGAGGUGGACAAAUGAAGAACAAGUUGCCCUGGGGGUACAAUAAAGGGUUGCAUAUAAGUGGUUCAUAAGGGCUUGAGGAUGAGGAAGUGGGAAGACCGACUGAAGAAUGUUGAGCAGCUUGCUCAGUCGUUCCAGGUGAAUCCUCUUGCCUCACGCUACAAACCUCGGCUGUGGCCAUACCAGCCUUCCUCCACCUGGAAGCUCUUCCCUCGUCAAAUUAUGGCGAUCAGCUUCGCUCAGAGCUGCAAAGAGGCUGUACAUGUUUUUGCACUUGAGAAAGAAAAGACACCCCUGGGUCAAAGGAUCUACCUGGUUACCAGUUACAGUGAGCUGUGGCAUUACUACAGGACUUACACACAGUCCUUGAUGCACUGCUAUGAGGUGAUACCAGAGGGCGCUGUUUGUAAGCUUUACUUUGACUUGGAGUUCCACAAGCCAUCAAACAAAGGAGCUGAUGGGAAAACUAUGGUGUCUUCACUCAUCCAGUAUGUUUGUGACAAGCUAAUGGAAGUUUAUGGGAUUGAAUGCUCCGCAAACAAUGUCCUCAAUCUUGACUCCAGCACAGAAGAGAAGUUCAGUCGACAUCUCAUUUUCAAUCUCCAAAAUGCAGCUUUCAAAGACAACAUACAUGUGGGUAGGUUUAUUCAUGCAAUUCUUCAACCAGUCCUGAGCACACCCAAAAGUGGAAGUUACCUGAAUGUUGGGAUGAAUUCAGUGGCAGAAAACCAUGAAACAUGCAGAACACAUGCGGUUUCUGAGGGUAAGCCAGCAAAGCCCGGUGAGAUGGCUGAGAGUCCACAGACCAAGAGGCGCAAGCAGGAAGAGAGCGACCUCAGGUUCCUCCAGGUGAAAAACAAGGAUGGCCAAGACUGUCUUUUUGUUGAUCUUGGUGUUUACACGAAGAACAGAAAUUUCCGCCUUUACAAGUCAUCAAAAGUGGGAAAGAACACUGCAUUCACGGUGGCAGAACACAACAAGUUUAUUGCCAAACCUGAGAAGGGAAUUUCUGAGGAGGAAAGUGUGUUCUUGGCUUCCUUAAUCUGUAAUGUGAGUUUCACAGGUCAAAGAAUUCUUACGUGGGACAUCCCAGAAACAAAGGAAUCCAAAACCUCGAGGCCUCUUGGCCACCAGGUAUCGGCCACAAAUCCAGACUCGCUUACUGGCUGCCUGUCAUCCCCUCAUCAAGAAGUGGACAACUUUGUAUUAACUGUGGUUAAAAAGGAUGGCAUACAUGGAAGCAUCAGACGAUGGAACUACUUUGCUGCUGAACAACUGCUUGUUUACGACAUCGCAAAAUGCCGCUGGUGUGAAAAUGUGGAAAGGUUUCAUAAAAGCAACAACAUCAUGAUUGUUGUGGAUCUCAAAGAGGAAGUGUGGUACCAGAAGUGUCACGAUCCCGAAUGCAAGAACUUCAGGUCCUCAAGUUACCCACUGCCACGGGAGAUCUGUGUCAGCUACAUCAUGACACUGGAUGAGGAAGACCAGGCUUACUUAAUGGAUGAUGCUGGCAACAUUGAACCCAGCCAGGCACCAAACCAGGCCCCACAGAGUGUGUGUGCAGAGGAGGAAUCUGCUGAUGUGUGGGGAGACGGACAAGAUGACCAGGACUAUUUAGAGAGCCUGGACGACUUUGAACAAAACAGCGGGGAUAUCUCUGAUCAGCUUCUGCUCAAAUGUAUGGCAGAUUUUGAUUCCCAGUAGAGGGUGAGAUUUAUGUUAUUUUGCACUGGCUGUACAGCAUCAAAGAUGCAGAUGUAAGUGUUUAUUAAUGUAUUUGUCAACAACUGUAACUUCUCCUGUGGGCACCCAUAUGUGGAGACUGAUAUUUAAACAGAUAAUGAAUGAUAAUAUAGUGAAACACUGUUGUUGUUUUCAAAGAAGAAGCUGUAAUUGUUGACAAAUACUGUAUAUUAAUAAACACUUAAAAAUGUCCUCAUAGCUGCUUAAAAUUGAUAAAUAUGGAGACUCAAAGUGUUGCCUGUAUAAAUUUAUUAAUGGACUUUGACUAAAUUACAACAAAACAAAACUAGGUUUCUUGCUACCAAAACAUUUAGAAAUCACAGAUGCCCUUUUAGGGAUCCAAUAAAAUUGGUUUCCCAUUAUUAUAAAAGACAAAAACUAAAUACCUCAGUUUUGGAAGAAAGUAUUUAUUUGGUACAGUUGACAAAUAAAUAUACUGUACAACUCCAGCACAAAACUGCACAUUUGCCCUUUUCAUAUCAUAUGAGUCUUAAAAACAACAAUAUGGCUUGCACUGUCAAGGAGGCCUCGACAUGAUUAGAGUUGUGUAAUGACCAUAAUUUAAUCAAAAAAUCGGAGUUCACAACAAAACUUUUUGUCAAACAGCUGAAAUGCUGCUCCGUUUCACACAAGACUCAUGGUUUCAUGGACCAUCAGUGAAAAGUUAAUGUGAAAUGCUGAUAAGGACAUGGAAUUACUUUUGAAAAACCGGCAUAUUUAAAUGAACCAUGAUACCAGUGAUCCAAAUAUAUACUCUAAAGACUUGUGUAUUAUACAAAUGACAGUACAUAGCUUUAUCCUGCAAACUGUGGCACUGAAAUUUGAAAAUCUGAAAAGGAGAAAAUGCACGGACAGUAUAAUAACAUUCAGUAUUUUCCAUGCAGUGUUAAAAGAAAACAAAAACAACCAAAAAGGCACAAACAGUCUGUCAAGCAACAAGAUUCCCAAUAGGCUAUCAAUUAAAUUGUGCACUAAAACCGGUUUAUCAGUCCUUUAGCAUACCGCAUUGAGAAACAUGGGAAUGCAGGAAAUUAUAACUACAGAGCAUCAGGCACGAUACUCUGCAUACAAAUAGACUUUUUAUCAGAUACACUAUUUACAGGUGUAAUGGUUACAUUAAAUAUCACUUAAAUAGAUAACCAAGUCAUUAAAUAGUCUGGUAUAUGGUGAGCGCCCCAGUAGUAGUACCUGGUAGAGCACUUACCAUCAAGGCAAAGUCCUUACCACAGCGGUUGGAUUUCAACCUGGGGCCCUUUGUUACAUGUCAUCCUUUCUCUCUUUCUCCCGCCUUUCCUGUCUUUCGCUGCAGCUAUCCAAUAAAAGGCAAAAAUGCUCAAAAAAAUAAUGUUAAAAAAAUAAAUUUGUCUGGUAUAUAAAUAUUUGUCACUGUUGUGAAAGCAUGUUUAUAGGAUGUUUUUUCUGUGGUUCCCAAGAAUAAAAAAACUAGCGGAAAUG